AUGAAAUUAUUUAUUGACCAUUUUCUAAAUUUUCAACAAGAGUUUAUUUGUCUAGAGACAAUUCAAUUAAUUGAUAUAACUUAUUUCACAUUUUAUUUACUCAUUAAUGUAUCAUCACUUUUAUUCAUAAAUGAAAAUAUUAAUGUACUUAUUCAGAAUUUUAUCAAAGAAACAUUAGAAAGACAAAGAAAUAUUUUAACUAAAUUGAGUUUGGACGAUGAUAAUGUAUUUGAAUCAAUUAAUCUUCCAUUUUAUCAAUUAACUUAUUUAACAAUUGAUUAUUGUUCAAGUUCAAUAUUAAGUCAUAUAGUUAAAAAUUUGAUUCCUUCAAUUACUCAUCUAGACAUUUCCAUUGAUCAACUUGAUUUGGAUACAAAACGAACUUGUCCCGAUUUGAGUUGUUUAUCAUCUAGUCUUACACAUUUGACAUUAAGAAUUGGUAGUGACUUUUAUGAUGUUUCAAUUGAAUGGUUUAAACAAUAUUCAUUACGUCUCCGUCAAUGCAAUUUUACUUAUCGAUGUCAAACUGAUUCGAACUAUAAAUCUGUUAUUUUAUCAAUUGGUGAUAAACGUUUCACAGAUGGUAAUUAA